AUGUCUCUCGCGAAAAACAUCCUCCUCUUUGGCGCAACAGGCACCAUAGGCACCUACAUCCUAAACGCCAUCCUCUCUUCACGCCCCCAAUUCAACCGCAUUGCAAUCUUCACUUCCCCCCACACAGCCUCAACCAAAGCCCCACAGCUCAACAAAUUAAAAGAGCAAGGCGUCGAGGUCAUCGUCGGCAACAUCGAAGACGAGAAUACCGUGAAAGCUGCAUACGAGGGAAUCGACACCGUAGUCUCAGCACUCGGUCGCAAUGCCCUCGCCCAGCAAAUCCCGCUCAUCCGCCUCGCAGCUGCCAGUAGCAGCGUGAAGUGGUUCCUUCCAUCCGAAUACGGCACGGAUAUCAAGUACGGACCCAGUUCGGCGAAUGAGAAGCCGCAUCAGUUGAAGCUGAAGGUACGCGCUUAUCUCGAGGAUGAGAUCUCGCGGGACGACCUUGCGUACUCGUAUGUCGUUACCGGUCCGUUUGCGGAGAUGUAUCUUAAUCUCCUGCCUGGAUUUGAGGAGGCGGGUGGAUGGGAUGUGAAAGCGCGUAGGGCUGUUUUGCUUGAAGGAGAGGGGGAGAUUAGUUUGACGACGAUGAAGGAUGUUGGUAUUCUCGUUCUGAAUACUCUGCUUCAUGCUACGACUGAGACACGCAACGCUGCUUUGUGCGUCAAUUCGUUUACGACUAGUCCCGAUAAGAUCCAGGCGGAAUUCGAGCGCCAGCUUGGUGGUCAGCCGUGGCAGGUGUCUCGUACUUCGCUGGCAAGACUGCGUGAGUCGGAGGCUGCGGCGUGGGAGGCCGGGAAGCCGGCGGCGACCGUGUUGACUUUGCGUCGGAUCUGGGCUGAAGGCGGGACGCUUUAUGCAAAGCGGGCUAAUGGGUUGAUUGGGGAGCCGAAGGUGAUGGGACUGGAGGAAGUAGUUGCGAAUGAGAUUGAGAGGGUCUCGAAGCUGUAG